CUAGCUAGUUACGCAGUAGCAGUUUGGCGUCGGGCAGCUAGUGAAACAUUGGACCAAUGCCUUAGAAAACGUUUUUUCUUCGCUUUCCUCAGAUAAUUAGAAUGCUGUCCCUGUAUUUCAGUGGACACUGUUCAUCACAAUAGCCGCAGAUCACCGAUGUUAGCGUCAGACAGCUCAGUAUUUGCGGCGGCCACAUUUUCCGUUUCUGGCCGAGCUAGCUAACUAGCUAGCCUAGCUGCUUUUAGCCUGUUAGCAUCGCCUGUGAUGGCUCCGCCGGGGAGCGGGUCGAUAACGGAAGCCUAGACUCUGCAUGGCGACGGACUGGCAGCAGUGGGAGUGAGCAGCCAAUCAGCCAAGGCCCCCGGUAGCAACAUGGCGUCCCGUCAGAGGAACUCGGUCCGGAUCCUGUCCAGCCGGGAGCGCGGCUCCCAGACCUUUGGCUCUCAGAGGCUCCUACAGCUGCUAGUGGAGGAGAAAGUCCGCUGGAUGAAAUGGCAGAGUCAGAAAGUGGAGCUGCCGGACAGCCCUCGAUCAACGUUCCUGCUGGCGUUCAGCCCCGACAGGACUCUUAUGGCUUCCACUCACGUCAACCACAACAUUUACAUAACGGAGGUGAAGACUGGAAAGUGCCUACAUUCCUUAGUGGGCCACCGUAGAACCCCUUGGUGUGUGACCUUUCACCCCACCAUCCCCGGCCUGGUGGCCUCCGGGUGCCUUGAUGGCGAAGUCCGAAUCUGGGACCUGCAUGGCGGCAGUGAGAGUUGGUUUACAGAGAGCAACGUUGCCAUCGCCUCGCUGGCAUUCCACCCGACGGCGCAGCUCCUGCUGAUCGCCACCAACAACGAGCUCCACUUCUGGGACUGGAGCCGCCCAGAGCCCUUCGCCGUGGUCAAGACGGGCAGCGACACCGAGAGAGUCCGGUUGGUGAGAUUUGACCCUCUCGGUCACAACCUGCUGACAGCGAUAGUGAAUCCGUCCAAUCAGCAGAACGAGGAGGACUCCGAGGUUCCCAUGGACAGCGUCGAGAUGCCUCACUUCCGUCAGCGCUCCUUUCUGCCUUCACAACCCGUUCGCCGCACGCCCAUCCUCCACAAUUUCCUGCACAUCCUGUCGUCUCGCUCCCCGGGGGCUCAGGCGGGAGGCGAGCAGCCGCGACCUCUCGGCGACAACGGAACCAAUGUUGGAGAAUCUCCCAGCAUGCCUCUGGCCCAGUACCCCACCUCUGAGCGUGCGCCUCCCUUCCCGGGCUGCACGCAGCACCUGGGGAUGGUUUGUCUGUGCAGUCGCUGCUCCAUCAAUAGAAACCCCUCCCUGGCGGCCGAUACAACCCCCUCUGACCCUCGGGGGGCGUCUGAAGACCCUCAGCCGUCCCCAGCUUCCACUUUCUCUUCAGCCCGUACGGAGCCGCGGCAGCCCUCAGAGCGACCCUCCGCCUUUACCUCAGUCUACUACAGCGCCGGCGCUUCUCUUAACCCCCCCGCACCGAGCGGCAUCGACCUGCACUCCACCUCCAGACCGGGACCCGACUGGACACGCAACCUGCUCAGUAUGAGGGAGGGCGGGGUCGGCCCGGGUAUGCUGCCUCCCAGAACCUCCUCCUCCUCCAUCAGCCUCCUUUCAGUGCUCCGUCAGCAAGACGGCUCCUCUCACUCCCCCGUCUACACCUCGGCCUCUGAAGGCCGGGGUUUCCCCCAACAAGGAGAGCCCGGGGCCCGAGACGCCGCCGGCACGAGCAGCGGGCAUCAUCCGUUCUGGGACGGCUCCCGCAGCAACACGGCCUCCUUCCGCAACGUGCUGCAGUGCAACCUGAGCCGCUACUUCAUGGAGUUCGACCGCAUGCAGGACCUGGAGCCGCCGUUGGGGGGCGGCAUGGCGGAUGGGAGUCAGGAGCAGAGCCAGGAGUUGUUGAAUAAUAACAUGGACCCAGAGAGACCUGGGCCUUCCUCUUCUUCCUCCACCACCACCCCAACCAUCAUCCACUACCAGCCUCCUCUCCCUCCUCCUCCCGCCUCCCACAACCUGGAGAACAAUGUCCCUCCCCCGGCCUCCCGAGGCCAUCUGAACCGCUGCCGGGCCUGCCACAACCUGCUGACCUUCAACCAUGACUCCCAGCGAUGGGAGCGCACCAACCAGGCCUCCUCCACCUCUGCCUCCACUCUGGAGCCCUCCUCUUCUUCCUCCCCCUCCUUCCCUCCUUCCUCCCCGUGGCAGCCGGAAGAGGGCAGGAGGACACUAGAAGCCCAGCCCCAGGAGAGGAGGGCCCCUCCGGAGCCCAGCGAGCAGCCGCCUCCCCCCAGAACUGGAGGAACAGGAACAGUGGCCUUCCCGAUAGCCCCGACCCCCAGUCAGUCCGGAGAGCAGACGGUGGGUCUGGUGUACAACCAGGACACGGCGCAGUGGGAGAGGGUGUACCGGCAGGCUGCUGCCGGCAGGUCUGCAGAACCACCGGAGGCCUUAAGCCAAGAAAUGCCUGUUGACCCCCCAGAUGAGGACUCCCUGAGGAGGCGACUGUUGGAAUCAUCUCUGUUAUCAUUGUCUCGCUAUGACAUGUCAGGAUCCAGAGACCACCCCAUUUACCCUGAUCCAGCCAGGCUCUCUCCAGCUGCUUAUUAUGCCCAGAGGAUGAUCCAGUAUCUGUCAAGGCGGGACAGCAUUCGGCAGCGUUCACUUCGCUAUCAGCAGAACCGCCUGCGGGCCAUGUCCUCUUCAUCCGACGGUCCCGCCAGCAACCCGUCCAGCUCCAUGGACAACAGUGACGUGGACUUUGAGGAGCUGGAUGAUAAUGGAGACAGAGCGAGGCACAGGACUUCACGUAACGCCAGGAUGUCUGCACCCUCGCUGGGUCGAUUUGUCCCACGGCGUUUCCUCCUCCCUGAGUACCUGCCCUACGCCGGGAUCUUCCAUGAACGAGGGCAGCCCGGCCUGGCCACACACUCUUCUGUCAACAGAGUGCUCGCUGGUGCUUCGAUUGGAGACGGCCAGUCUGCGGUCGCCAGCAACAUCGCCAACACCACCUACCGUCUGCAGUGGUGGGACUUUACCAAAUUUGACCUGCCGGAGAUCAGCAACGCUUCAGUCAACGUUCUGGUGCCAAACUGUAAAAUCUACAACGAUGCGAGUUGUGACAUCUCGGCAGACGGUCAGCUUUUGGCGGUCUUCAUUCCCAGCAGUCAGCGGGGUUUCCCAGACGAGGGCAUCCUGGCCAUCUACUCUCUGGCUCCUCACAACCUGGGAGAGAUGCUCUACACAAAGAGAUUCGGUCCGAACGCCAUCUCUGUCAGCUUGUCUCCGAUGGGCUGCUACGUGAUGGUCGGCCUGGCCUCCCGCAGGAUCCUGCUGCAUCCCACCACCGACCACAUGGUGGCGCAAGUCUUCCGCCUGCAGCAGCCACACGGAGGAGAGACCUCCAUCAGGAUGGUGUUUAACGUGGUCUACCCGAUGGCUCCAGACCAGAGGCGCCACGUCAGCAUUAACUCUGCCCGCUGGCUGCCGGAUCCUGGGAUGGGUCUGGCUUAUGGAACCAACAAAGGGGACCUGGUGAUCUGCCGGCCUGUGUUCUACAGAAGCGACGGUGAGAGCCCCGCAGAGUCGAGCAGCGAGCCUUUAUUCUCCGUCAACAACAGUGGCACCAGCCGGACCCGAGGUUCUGACAGGCCGGGUCUGAAUCGCUCCGGCUGGCGGCUGGACAGAGACAUGGGUCUGAUGAACGCCAUCGGUCUCCAGCCCCGACACCCCGCCCCCUCCGUGAUAUCACAAGGAACCCAGACACCAAUCAUACAGCUGCAGAACGCCGAGACACAAACAGAGAGGGAGCUGCCAGAGCCCAGCGCCCCGCAGCCUGCACCAAAUGUCCCUCCUGAGACUCCGUCCACGAGUCGAGCGGCCUCGGGGCAGCCGGACGCUCCGGACGGCAGCCAGGGCGAAGUCCCAGCAGACGCCAACACGUCCACAGCGAGUACUGGAGAGUCUCCAGAGUUCGGCUCGGGGGAAGACGCUCUGGCACGAAUCCGCCGGCUGAUCGCCGAGGGCGGCAUGACGGCGGUGGUCCAGCGGGAGCAGAGCACCACGAUGGCGUCCAUGGGCGGCUUCGGGAACAACAUCAUCGUCAGCCACCGCAUCCACCGUGGCUCCCAGACCGGCACGGGGGCCUCCAGGCCUGCGGCGGACCCCGCCACGAUGGCCCCCUCCACCUCAGGUCCUCUCCUCAUCGCCCCGCCAUCGCAGGCUUCCAACCCGUCUGAACAGCUCGCCCCCCUGUGGAGCCCCCAGGUGCUGUCGGCGUCCCCGGGGCCCGCCGGCCUCUCGCUGGACAUGGACGAUGUGUUCGAUGGAGCGCGAACGGACGACGACUCCCUGCCGGGUCCCUCCUCUUCCUCCAUGCUGCUGUCUUCCCCCUCCUCCUCCACCUCCUCCUCCUCCUCCCACAUUGAAACGGCGUGUCCGUACGGCACGGCUCAGCUGGUCCUCAUCGCCAUGGUGUCCACCUCCCUGAGCGCCGUCACCGUCCUGGGCAACACGCUGGUUAUCCUGUCCAUCAUCGUGAACCGCCGCCUGCGUACCAUCAACAACUACUUCCUGUUGAGCCUGGCAGCGGCUGACCUGAUCAUCGGCCUGCUGUCCAUGAACCUGUACACGCUGUACCUGCUGCUGGGCCGCUGGCCGCUGGGCGCCGCCGCCUGCGACCUCUGGCUGGUCGUGGACUACGUGGUGAGCAGCGCCUCCGUCAUGAACUUGCUGAUCAUCAGUCUGGACCGCUACUUCUGCAUGACGCGGCCGCUCAGCUACCCGGUCCGCCGGACAGCCCAGGUGGCGGGUCUGAUGAUCGGCGCCGCCUGGACGCUGUCUUUCCUCCUCUGGGCGCCCGCCAUCCUCUGCUGGCAGAAGCUCAACGGCGAGCGCAUCGUCCCCGACGGGCUGUGUUACACGCAGCUCCUGGCUAGCCCCGCCAUCACUCUGGGGACGACGGUUCCUUCGUUCUACCUGCCAGCGGUCGUCAUGGUCGGCCUGUACAGCCGCCUGUCCGCCGCCAGCCACAGCCGACUAAACGGGACAUCCAGUCCGUCAGUAAAAGACUUCCUGCUGAAACGGCGCAGCGUGGUGACCAGCGACCUGGGCUCAGACGUGUCUCUGAACCAAUCGGAGUCCAGAAGGAACUGGAACACGUCCAGAAGUCCCGGCGACACCUCGGAGUCUCAGCAGUGUCACAUCCGAACCUCCGCUCGCCACACCGCGGACGAAGACUCCAACAAGAUCGAGACGGACUCGUCUUCCAACGUCGACCUCCACCGCACGGCGUCUGUGGCGUUCUCCAUCUGCCCCAGCUUAAAGUCUCAAGAGAGGCGGAGGCGUCGGGUGAUGGCGAGGGAGAGGAGGGUCACAAAGACCAUCCUCGCCAUCCUGCUGGCCUUCAUCCUCACCUGGACGCCAUAUAACAUCAUGGCGGUUGUUGCUGCCUUCUGUCACGUGUGCAUCCCGAAUGUCCUGUGGACGACGGGCUACUGGCUCUGCUACAUCAACAGCACCAUCAACCCGGGCUGCUACGCCCUCUGCAACGUCACCUUCAGGAAGACCUUCUGCAGCCUGCUGCGCUGCCACGGCGGGAAGCUGCACUGACACUGAAACAUGAUGGGCUACGGCCACCUGACUGAACAUGGAAACUUUCAUCCGUAUGAUGGGUCCACAAGGAUACUGUCUUUGAAUUUCACUAUCCCCUUUCAUAGUGCGGUCCCGCAAAUGUCCUGCUAUAUUGCUGGAAAGAUCUGUGCCGGCUUUACGCCUUUAGGGCGCUUAUAGUGAUCCUGUGAAGGCGAAGUGAUAUUCAUCCCCAAUCAUAGUGCAGUCCAGCACCAGUGCAGCACAGUAGCACAGUGCUAAUAGGCUGCACAGUUAGCUCUGUAGCAGUACAGUGUGUAUGUGCUGCAGCAGUAUGUGUUCAGUUAGCGACCUCCAUUUGUUUACAACAAGCAGUUGACACUGUGCACAAUUAGCAUGCCGGUUUGUUUACAAUCAGCUGUGGACGAUGUGCACAGUUAGCGAUGGCGGUCACAGUUGUUGUGCAGCUGCUCAACAGUGAUUUGAUGACUGUCGGAGCAAGUGGGAGGUGUGCGUUAGACGUCACGCGCGACGUCAAAUAUUCCACCUUGCCGAAAUGUCCCGUUCAUAGUAGUCCCGUUUCCAACAGUCCCACCAAUUUUCCAGCUCUGUGACUAUCUCUGGGGACGUAAAAUUGGUGGGAUCACUUGAUCCUGGCAUCCCACUUCGGGUGCGUUCAUAGUGGAGGCGGGACGUUACAGAGCCGUAAAUGUCCCGGCAUGAACCGGCACUAUGAAAGGGGCUAAUGAAAGUUCUUUCUUGACAUAAUUUUUGUGGUUUCAUGUUUUAAGACUUUUUCUGGCGUUCGUUCUGGACCGAGGUCAAUCCGUUAUUCAAAACCAUUGUGUAUAAUAGACAAGUUGCUAUAUUCUAGCGCCUCAACCUUUAACCAAUCAGCUGUCAGUAUUUGAAGCAUUUAUCAUUCAAGGACCAUCUGAAAGUUGGACAAUAACAACUGUGCUGUGAUUUUACUGAAUUUCCCCUUGGGGAUAAAUAAAGUAAUUUUGAUUUUGAUAAAUUAUUUUUUAAAAAUUGGAAUAAAAUUGAAUUU